UGGUAUCUACUUCAAGCUUUGGAUAACCCCAAACAUGUCCAUUACCAUCCUCCUAUUCCUUCUUCUCACUUCUCGCCUCGCCUCACCGGUUAAUGGUGAAACCCAACGGCCGGUGCCUCUCAACAGCACUGAAGACCUCAAGACAUACAUAAUUCAUGUACACCCGAACCUCGAUUCCACUUCAUCGGAUGAUCCUGAUGAACUUGAGAAUUGGUACGAGUCCUUCUUGCCCUCCAACAUUCUGGGCUCAGGUGAGGCACGGUUGGUCUACUCCUACAGCAGUGUCAUCAAUGGCUUCGCUGCGAGACUGACCGACGGAGAGCUGGCCGACGUGAAGAAGAAGGUCGGCUUCCUUCAUGCAUACCCCGACCGGCUGAUUCCUCUUCAAACCACACAUACACCGGAGUUCCUCGGCCUCCGAUGCGGCUCCCCGGGCUUCUGGAGCGAUGCGAAAUUUGGCAAAGGCGUGAUCGUCGGCGUUCUCGACACUGGAAUCUUGCCCACCCACCCUUCUUUUGAUGACGAUGAGAUGCCACCUCCACCGGCGAGGUGGAAGGGGUUUUGCGAGUUCGGUGCAAGAGAGUGCAACAACAAGCUCAUUGGUGCAAGAACGUUCACCCGAGGAAUGAACGCUAUGAAGGGACUGGACGCCGGUGCAGCGCCGGAAGCACCGUAUGAUGAGGAGGGACAUGGGACGCACACCGCCGGCACUGCCACCGGCAUGUUCGUCGAGAAGGCCAACGUCGCCGGCCAGGCCGCCGGUACUGCCGCCGGGAUGGCUCCUUUUGCUCAUCUGGCGGUGUAUAAGGUGUGCGGCGCAAAUGGAUGCCCGUCUUCCGACAUACUUGCCGGGCUGGACAGCGCCAUCAAGGAUGGAGUCGAUGUUGUAUCGCUCUCCCUCGGGGGAUCCUCCGUUCCUUUCUACAACGACGCCGUCGCCAUCGGCACGUUCAGCGCCAUGGAGAAGGGCAUCUUUCCGAGCUGCGCGGCGGGAAAUUCGGGGCCGACCUCCCGCUCCCUGUCGAACGAAGCGCCAUGGAUUCUGACGGUCGGCGCGAGCACCAUGGAUCGGGCCAUUCGGACCACGGUGGAGCUCGGCAACGGAGCCACCUUCGAUGGAGAGUCUCUCUACCAGCCUAGCGACUUCCUCUCCACCCUGGUUCCUCUUGUGAACCCCCAGCUCCGGAGCGGAGAUUCGCUAUCCCAGCUCCGCGAGUUACAGACCGCCUUGCUACCUUUGGUGUUCCCCGGCGUGCUCGGAGGAACUAGCGCCGCUCUCUGUCUCUCUGGCUCGCUGAACAACAUCGAUGUCAAAGGUAAGGUGGUGGUAUGUGAUGGCGGCCAGAUUAGCAACGUGGACAAGGGUGUGACUGUCAAGAAGGCCGGAGGCGCGGCCAUGAUCGUUGCCAGCACCAGAGUCGAAGGAUUCACCAUCCGGGAUGAUAUCCAUGUCCUUCCGGCGUCCAAUGUCGGCUAUGCCGACGGACUGAAGAUCAAAUCCUACAUCAAUUCGGCAUCGGCUCCCACGGCGUCGAUCACCUUCAAGGGCACGGUGAUCGGAACUUCUCCGGCUCCGGCGGUCGCGUACUUCUCCUCCAGAGGACCUAACAUGGCCGACCGAAACAUCCUCAAGCCGGACAUCGUCGGCCCCGGCGUGAACGUUUUAGCCGCGUGGCCCAUCGAAGUUGGACCGCCGGGCGCGACAUCCAUGUUUAACAUAAUCUCCGGCACGUCCAUGGCCACACCCCACCUUAGCGGGAUUGCAGCACUGCUAAAAAGCACACACCCUGACUGGUCCCCGGCGGCGAUCAAGUCGGCGAUCAUGACGACCGCCGACUUAACCGCCAACGAUGGCAGCAUGAUUCCUGACCAGAACUUAGACCAGGCCGACUUCUUCGCCGUCGGAGCCGGCCAUGUGAAUCCGUCGAGGGCCGACAAACCGGGCCUCAUCUACGAUAUCAACUCCGACAACUACACCGCGUACCUCUGCGGCCUGAAAUACACCGAUCGGCAGGUCAGCGCCGUCGUACGUCGCUCAGUCAAGUGCUCGAGCAUUAAGAAAAUCUCCGGCGCAGAAUUGAACUAUCCUUCGUUCAUGGUGAUCUUGAACACCAGAAACGGCUACAAAUUGGAGGUGACGAGAACGGUGAAGAACGUCGGAUCGGCAAGAUCGGUGUACAAGGUGCAGACGAUGUCUCCGGGAGGGGUGUCGGUGGCCGUAAAGCCAACGCAGCUGUCCUUUUCCAAAGUCAACGAGGAGGCGCAGUUCACCGUGACCUUCUCCAGCGAUGGCAGAAGCAAGGGAUAUAAGGAGGGGUUUUUGACGUGGCUCAUAUCCAAUGGAAGUAUAAGCGUCAAUAGUCCAAUAAUGGUGGCUGUCCAGUGAUAUAAGGAGCCAUGGAGGCCAUGAAUGCACGUAGAAGGGUUGGCUUUCUUGGGGUGCAUACCUAUGAUCUUAGAAAUAAAUGUUGAAGUCGUGUUCGUCUUUUGUGUUGGAUAAUAAACUUGAUUCUUAUGAUGA